CACGUGGGCAAGGUUUCAGUGUAUAUCGUCCUCCGGUUGGCGGAUUGGUCUGUCGUCAACAUUAUCGAAAGAAUCCAAUGCAUCCUUCACCAGUGGUGGUGAUUUCUAAAUUCUAAUCCCAUCACAGGAGAGUGUUUAGCCUUGCCUAGACUGAGAAUGGAUGAGAUUAUGAAUAAGUCAGAGCGGUUCAUGCAUGGACAAUGUAAGCCAUUAUUCUUUUUCUUUUGGGUAUGAUCCAAUCGACAAACAGUUCAAGAUAUUGCGUAUCACCACCUUGUAUGAGUAUGACACACAAAAUUCCAGUCAGUAUCAAGUUCUAACAUUAGGAGGGGCUCGAAAGAAAAAUCUCUUAUGGAGAAAUAUCCAAUGUUGCACAAAUCAUUAUCCUUACAUGUCUCACGAUGAUAAUAAGAUAUGCAUCAGUGGUGUUUUGUAUUAUCCAGCAGGGUGCUAUAAGGGUAAAAGACAUUGCGUUGCCAUCGCUUGCUUUGAUGUUAGGUCUGAGAGUUUUAGUUUUAUUAACGUUGAUCUAGAAGACAUGACAGCCGAAAAGAUCAGUUCUUACAGUUUCGCUUUGAUAGACUACAAGGGUAAAUUAGGUGCUUGUAAUUGUGAUACUUACAAGAAUCUGUUUGAGUUGUGGGUUUUAGAGAAUGCGGAGGAACAUAAAUGGUCAAAGUAUCUCUACCAAAUGCCUCAGCUGUCUGUAAUGAUUUCUGCUGUACGUGCUGCUGGAAUGAUUGCUAGUGGUGAAAUUGUGUUGCACCCAUCCUAUUCAGUAGUUCAUUUUUUCGUUUUGUACUACAAUCUCGAGAGGAACAUUAUCACAAGAGUAAGACUUGAAGUUCCACUUAUGGUUAGUGGGUGUUGGGUUCACGCAUUUGCAAACUAUCUAGAGGAUCUUAAGCUUAUGUAAAUCUUUUAUAAAGUCA